AUGAGCCUGAUAUUAAAGCAUCAUCUAAUAUUACCGAAUUUCAAACUUAAUGAAACUAUACCUUUCAAAAAUUAAAAAUCUAACUCUAUCACAACGUUGAGAUCAUUUCAAAAAACUUAAACCACCCAAAAAAUGCUAGACAAACCUUUACCAACUGUAGAAAUGUAAGCCAAUAAAACCGAUAUAACUUUUCCAGCUAUAAGCAAACCUUAUGCAAAAGAAAAAACUUGUAAAAGGAACUUAACAAUUAGAACAGCAUACACUGAUGAUAAAACAAUCAAGGAUUACUUGGAUCAUUUGAAUACAUUGAGAUCUCAGAAAAAUACUUAAAAACAAAACAAAUUUAAGAAGGUCAGAACUGAAACUGAAAUCGUACAGUAUGGAGAUAUCAAGUUUAAAAAAGUAAAAGAAAACUCUACCAAAAAACCUCCUACAUUAGCAUCAAAUGUCAGAAAUCCUUAAUCUCAAUCAUAUAUCAAAUUUAGUUAGCAGAUCUUUGCCCUUGUUUUUAGUUUGGAUAAUCUCAAAAAAUACAUUAACAAUGAAAGAAAACUAUUUUAAGUGAUUAAGCAACUUAUUGGAUUAAAAAAAAGUUUGCGCAAAAUAAUACUAAAACAAAAUGGAGAAGAAUUGGUAGAAUUUUCAGAAAUUAGUAAAUUGUGUUGUGUCAGAGAGAUAUAGUACAUUAAUGGAGAACAGAAAAUUGUUGAUAAAUUUGAUUUAUCUCUUUAUGAUGAUUUAGUUUAUUUGACAGAAACUAUUGAGAAUCUGCUAUUAACAAAUGAAAUUCACUCUAUAAAUCGAAUAAGUGAUAAUAUUUAAAAAGAAACGGAAUAAAUCGUUAAAAUAUAGCAUUCCAUGAACAUGCCCAAUGAAGAAUAAAAAUUAUCUGUGUAAACAAUGUCCAUGCAAAGAUUUAAAAUUCACGACGAAAUUGAUGUCAUUGAAUAAAAAUUAGGACCUUUAUAAUUGAUUUCAAGGUAAGUUAGAUAAACAUCCAUGGUGUUGGGUAGAGUGAUAAGCAGUUUAAAUGAAUGA